AUGAAGAUUCCAAAGUUUUAUCUUAAAAGGGGAUGUCAGUAUUACUAUGCAUUGAGAAACGGUGAAUAUAACGUUCGGGAAUACAUUCACACCACCACUUCUUAUCAUACAGUUGACAGGUUAUUGAAAUUCGAAGAUCCUAGCGAUGAAAUAUGGAUCUACAAUGACGUAAUUCAUCCUGGAAAACUAGAGUGGUCACGGCAAAAAGAACAUAAUAAUCACAAAGACACACGACGUGAGGACUGUGAACGAGCCAUGUUAGCGAUGCUUCCAAACUGGUCUGGGUUUGUUGUGAAUGGGGAGGAAAACAAGGCUAACGAGGCUUUACAGACAUUCAGAAGAGUGGUACAAGGAAUCACCGAAACCAAAUUGAUGAAAAAUGGCAAGAUAAGCAUCAAACCGGUUAAGAAUAUCCGUAAAGCAAAUAUAAUAACAAAAUGCUUGGAAGAUAAACUUAACUAUUUUGAUGAAAGAAAAGAACUAGCACACUCCAAGCACGAUAUCAUUUCUUCAUUGGCUAUUACUGUAAUAUGCAAUGAGUACAAUAUUUUCGAUAACAAGGAAGAUUGGAGACGUAUAUUAGCUCGGACAUUGUUUCACAGUUGUGAAAUUCGUAAUGAUAUUGACCAACAUUUUGGCAAAAUUAGCGAUGACGCCCGAGCAGCCAUUGUCAAACUGUGUAAUGAUAUGAUCAAGAGAAAGGAAACAGAAUGGGUGUUUACAUUGCCGUUGCUGCACUGUGUAACAUAUAGUUCAAAGUCUACGUCUACUCUGCCAAGUAUAAGUCAACUAUCAGAUCUACAUUGGUGGGGAUUAUCCGGACUAGAUGUUCAAAUGUAUAUUGAAAAAAACUACAAUGAUACCAUAAUGACGCAUUUUGAUGAAAUUGCACAAGCUUUUGCAAUGGAUGACAGUCUACCCAGGAGUAUUGCUUAUCUCGAGAAUUUGCGUGGUACAUCCUUCUCCAAGCUUGUAAACGAUGACAGAUUUCCAACACACCUUGUCUACGUCAAGAUCAAUAACGACAUCAAACAAAACAACGACACGCAUAAAGAGCGUAAAAUGGAGCCAUCCUACAAGUUCGAUGUCCGAAUCAAAAACAUCCUUGGAAUUUUAAAGCGCAGAAAUAUGGACUGCUUUUUAAGCGCUAAUCUAACUGAACAUAAAGAUGAUAUACAAAUAGCACAUGCAAUGUCGAUUCAACUGAUACAUUAUGUGGUGGAUACAAGGUCACUUUCAAAGACGGACAUCCUCUCUCUCGUUGACGCGGCGUCGACUAAUUGUGAUUUGAUUGUCUGCCUACGAAAGUAUCAACAUGAGUGUUUUCAACCAGAACUUGAAGAUAUUGGAAAUUGUGUGGAUAUGAUUGGAAAGUAUUUUGAUUCUACUGAAUCUGAAUCACCAACAAAUACUUCAGCUCGAUGGCAGUCAGUGUUAAAUGACUGGAAUAGACUAGUCGAAAUUAAAUUUGAGGUAAAGGAGAUACAUGAUAGAGUAAUAGAAGCUUUUUACAAAAUGAUACAAAAUCUUCCUGUGAGAGAUAUGUUCGAUAUGUUUUUCUCUUGCGAUCAAUCUAAACGUGGACCACUGCAAUCGAAAAUAGCUUCCAGGGCAAUUGAAAUAUAUAAAGAUAAUAAAGAGAUUGUUAUUGAAAUGUUCCCAUCAAGCGAAGAAUCGUCAAUGACACAUGGUCAGUUUUUCUCAUGCGCUCUUGAGUUAGAUGUACCAGUUGUUGGUAGAAUUCCAGACAAUAAAUUAGUGAAACACCUUUUGACAAGCACAGUACUGUUGCAUUAUAUACAACAUAGUGAUGAAAUACCCACGUUAUAUGAGUCAACACAGAAAAUAGUGCAAGAUGUAAAAAAAGUGAUCAAGAACCAUCAUGAAGAAUGCUUAGAUGGGCAAAUUAAAAUAAAUAUUCUCCGACUAAUCACUCAACAUAAAAGUGAAUGGUCCAAGUUAGUCCAUUGGAGUGUGUCUGGUGAAGAAUUUGUUGAUCCUGAUCAAUAUCUAAGCAUUCGAAAACGGGAACUAGAAGCAGUUGAUAAUUUCCGCAAAAGUCUUAACGAAUUUGACACAUUCACACGGCGAAUAAACUUUACAGGUAAUACAAGUUGUCUAAGCAGUAUUCGAAACGCAUUAACCGGGGAUUGUCUUGAGAAUAGCAGUAUUAAAGAAAUAGUUAGUGUCCAGACAGUUAGUGCCGACAUUGACUCAUCUGAAGCAGCCGCCCCACUUUCAUUCUCAGUGUCUUCCCCAUUGUUCAAUCCAAGUCGUAUCUACGCCAAUGAUAUCACUCCUCAAGUUGUAGAAAUACUUGAAACAACCGGUAGCGCUACAGGGUUCCCACAUGUAUUCAUAAGUAUAUGGGACAUAAUUAGCAUUGAUUAUCCAAGCAAUAUUUUACUUGACGAAUUUGCUGAUCUAUAUUUAGGUGAUAUUAAAAAUGCGCUCAAAAAGUUAAGAAAUCAAUUGAAAUCGAGUGAAAUAGUGUUAGGUGAUGUGUGCAACUAUUUCCAAGCAAUCAAAAAUGACGCAAAUAAAAUAUUGAGUCAAUUGUCCGCACUGCUCUCAAACGAAAUAUCUGACGAAAAACUAAAAAUCAUUCAACACAAGAUUACGUACUGCUUCAAGAUCUUAGAUGUCAGAACUGCAGCGAAAACGGUCAGAAAAUGCCAACAGGAACUUGCGUUGAGAGGUGAAUUUCCAGGACUCAAAGAAAUGUGUGCUGAGAAAAACGAUUUGGAUCAAAUGGAGUUAUCAUUUUUAACUGACGACGUCAUUGCAUCCAUCGAUAAGCUUAUGAAAGUUGACAGUAAAAAGUGUGAAGGUCUGCAAGAAUUUCUGUCAAAUGGGGAAGUAAUACAUUGGUCUAAACGAGUGACUCAAGGAUCAAUCGCUCAACUUCGUCAAUUUAUCAGCCUUAUUUACCAGUGGGUUGACAAACAUGAGAUUCCGAAAGUUAGAACCUACCAAUCCGCUGUAGAAGGAUGUGUGCCGUUGAUGAACGUUCCAGUCGACGCUGAUAUCCAUCAAUUGCUACAGUCAUGUGAAGAAUUAUGGGAGUCUAUUAAAUUGAACCAUACAUUGCUGCAAAACCUAAAAGACAGUAAUGCAAAUAGAAAAUGGUUACAGGAUCUCUGGGAAACACACGUCAAGCCAAGUGAGCAAUGUAAGCGUGUAAUAAAGUCCAUAAAUGAAAGAGGGGUGUAUUACAUUAAACAACUAGAAACACCCUCGAAUCAAAUAUCUGAUUAUAUUGAGCUGCAAAUUCCAGCUGAAGUAGAUGAAACGUAUACAUCUAAAUCCAAUACAAAUACAGAAGUCGUUGCUGGAAACGAUGUGAAAUUAACAUUGCGUGAGAUAAUGGAUUAUCGAGACCGAGUAGCUCUAAUGAUGGCUGACCAAGAUAAAGACAACACCGAUUUUGAGUGGUUUAUUCAAGUGCUAGAUGAGUUGAUGUCAUUGGUUAGUAGUAUUAUCAUUCUUCAAGACGAUGGUAGUGACAUAUUUCAAACAUUCGAAGCCGCGAUUAUUCAUGAAAAUGGAGUAAAUAAGUUUGUCAUACAAAUGGCUGGUGAAAAAUUCAAAGGUACGGGGGCAACAGAUGCAGUAUUAGCAGAGAUGAAUGAGUUCCUUAAGUCAUGUAUUAAAGAGUGGAAGAUGAGAUUAAAAUGCGUACGCGAUUCAUUUUACAACUUAAACCACUUCACAUCAAAACAACUGUGUUUUCUCCGAAAAGAGUUAAAUAACAUACUGGAGCCUAAAGAUGUUAUAGAUGUCCCUGGAAAACGCAUCAUUUCAGAAAAUGCCACUGAAAGCAAGAUUCCCCAAGAAAACACUAACAAGUCAGCAGAUGUCCAUGCCCUGUCGAGUAUGCUAACACACAUUAAUGACACAAUAGACGAUGACAUUUUAUGGAAAAUCGUAAAUGGUUGUAUGAAUCUUGUAAAAGAGAGGCCAGAGUUGCUGAGCCAAGGUGGUAUAUAUCAAACGCAGGACGUUCGACAACUUACAAUAGAAGACGAAAAAGAACGACAUGAGUUUUCACAGUUUAUUGAAACAAUGAUGGAGUUGGAUGAAGUAGAUGAGCGCAUCGCAAAAGCAGCAUUUCAAGCGAGUGAGGGAGACAUAGAAAGAGGACAUGCAUGGUGCCUGACAUGUAAUGAAACACAGCUUCAGGAGAUGCUCACCGAGUUUUGUAAAUCUAAAUUUGCUGACAUAGACGAUUUGAAUACUGGGUCACCUUUACAGGAUGCAACGAGUGACAUAUCAUCGGAAAAAGUCUAUACGAGUCUAUUGGUUAAAAGUCUGUCAGCGUUCUGGAGUAAGAACAUUAACACACAUCAGGGCCAAGUUAGUCUUGAAUUUCUUGGAAUGGUAUUAGCUGAAUUAUGCUCUGAAGCUGUCACACUCGAGGGGUAUGACGUUUUUCAUAACAUCAUCCCUGGUAUACCAAAUUCGUGCAGUGUCACUGAAAACGAUGUGCUAAAUACACUAUUAUCGUUAUACACCACAAAUGGAAAAGUCUACUUUCCUAAUCGAGACCAAAUCCUGUUAUGUAAUGAGAAAACAACUAAAGAAGAGGUUACACUUUUCUUAAGACGGUGUAUCAGAAGUCAAGUAAAAAAACGACUGUAUUCUCUUGUCUAUGCCGACCGCCUACCAUUCGAUAUUGCAGAUGACGCAAUUAGUGAAUUACGUAGUCUCUGCACGGAAUCCAAAGAUUAUAAACUGGUUAUAAUAUCAGCUGAAGAGUAUGGAUCAAGUGCUAUGUCUAUCGCAUUUCAUAAGUAUCGCAUCGAACCUCCAACCAUUGAAUUGGAUGUUCUCAGGAAAAACGUUAAUGAAUUUCUACACAGCAUGGAUUCAGAAUCAGUCGGUCAGGUGAUAGACCCUGACAGGCGUUGUUUGCGAAUUGUGACAUCCUCUAGCCCAGGUCUUGGCAAAACUCUUGCAAUUCACCGACUUCUGGAGAACUACUGUUUGAAGAGAAACUAUGAAUUAUCCGAUGUAUAUUUGAAAAUACCAAUUAAUACAACCUUCAUUGAUCUAAACAGCAUUUCAAGUUCAUUGGUGAAACAUGUUAAAAAUCACGGUUACCAGGCAACGCCUAUGAUUUAUCAUUUCGAUAUUUCAGCAUCUGACUCGACAGUACAAGACAUUCUGUUCAGCUCCAUAUUACCCAGAAGCUUUUGCAUAUCACCACAAGAUAAUGUAGACGGACAAGUAAUAGAAGGUGGGCCUAACAUUGGUUUUGAUGACAAAACAUUCCACAGUGAACCCAUUCAAAGAGUGUACCAUCAUCUUAAAAUCUAUAAUACGAAGAAGGAAGAGCUCAAACAUUAUGAAUUCAAUCUCUCAAAGACCAGAGUUGGUGAUAAAAAAGACUGCAUGGAAGUACUUAUCAAGCAUUGUGGUGUCGAAAAUCCAAGUUGGACACAUAUUAACAUUUUCGUCAAGUUUAUGAACCACACUCUCUCUAAUUGGCAAACAAGUCCAUUUUGCGGCCUGGCAGCAUCAUCCGAUCUUCCUGGGUUGCGAUUGUUUGUUGUAACGUUCAUGGCGAUACAAGCAAAGAAUUAUGCAAGUCGUGGAAUGCAACUAUCCGAUGAAAGUUUUCAAGCAGGUCAAGAACAAGACAAAGAUCUACAAUGUUUUCAACUGAAACAAAAAUGGGAGAGCAGUGCUCAUCCAUACAUAUAUUUUAAUCAAGAUGGUGCUUCCAUUACUUUCCAUGGGAUGGUUAUCUACCUCGAUGGUUAUCUUCGAAACUCAACAGAUAAUAAACUUAUACCUGGUUUACAGAUGGACUUUUACCUACGCCAUGGUCUUAUUCUCAAUGGUGUUGAUGUGUUGCAAGACUUUGACUAUCUAUCGAGGUGUAAGAAGAUUGAACACAUCUACACUGUGAUGGGCAUGGAGGUAAAGAGUGACCCAGAUCCAACGUAUGAACUAACUACUGACAAUGUAUCAAAACUGCUGGAUAUUCUCAUGAAUUUCAGAUGUGACAUACCUGUAGUCAUAAUGGGAGACACUGGUACUGGAAAAACAAGAAUGGUCAAAUUCCUCUGUAAGAUGAUGGCUGGAAGAAGUGAUCAGUCAAACUUUCAUAUGGUGAAGAUUCAUGGAGGAACUACAAACGUUGACAUUGAAAAAAAAGUCUGGAAAGCUUCCCAAUCAGCAAAACAUAAUGAACACAAAAUUAAUGUCUUAUUUUUCGAUGAAGCAAAUUCAUGUGAAGCAGUUGGCUUGGUGGGAGAAAUCUUAAUAGACAGAACUGUGAGAGGAAAACCUAUUGAUACACCAAAUUUAAAAUUUGUUGCUGCAUGUAAUCCUUAUAGAAAACAUGGGGAUGCUGCAAUAAAACAAUUGGAAACUGCGGGGUUGGGUUUCACAGUAGACUCGGCAAAUGUGCAAGAAAAAUUGGGUCACGUGCCACUUCGACAUCUCGUAUAUCGUGUCCACCCACUGCCUAAAAGUAUGAUGCCAUUUAUCUGGGACUUUGGACAACUGAAUGCAGAGACAGAAAAAAAGUACAUUAGAAGCUUGGUCAAUAAUAAUGAAUACAUUCGACAUUUGAACAAAGUAACAAAGCAGCUGAUUUGCAACGUUCUUGCUAUGUCUCAAAUGUACAUGAAGCAACAAGAGGAAGAAUGCAAAUUUGCCAGUUUGAGAGACAUUAAACGAGUGAUAGAAGUGUUUGUCUGGUUCCAUCGAAAGUAUGAUCUUAUUAAAAAUGGAAUGGACAUCAAAGAGGCACAGCAUGUUUGGCAGCAUUCAAUGGAACCAGAAUCUCAGGUCCAUGAGACUGUUGAUCUCCAAUCUGAGAGUGGUGAUUCACUCUACGCUAACUGUGGCUCCAUAGAUGAAAACACGCUGAUAAGUGGAAAGGUUAGAGUGGCAGAAAGUUCUGGGGGAAUCAUUUCGACAGAAGAAAUCAAGAAAACCCGAAGAUGUUUGAUAUUAGCCAUAGGAGUGUGUUACCAUGCGUCAUUGAAGAACAGAAAAAAGUACAGGAAUUAUAUAUCUUGGAGUUUUGAAGAACAAUUCAAGCUGCCACAUGGUCCAGAUAGUAUACAUAGCGACAUAAUGUGGUGUCAAGAAUUGUUUAUGGAUGACGCAAAAGUGACUGACCACAUUGCAAAAAAUAAAAACCUAACAGAGAACGUAUUCAUGAUCGCAAUAUGCCUAGAACUAAGAAUACCUUUAUUCAUCAUUGGCAAACCUGGGAGUUCAAAAUCAUUAGCAAGAACUAUUAUUGACAAUACGAUGCAGUCUCCAUCAUCAGAUUCUAAGAUUUUCCAACAUUUGAAAAAGAUUCAGAUGUUUGUUUGUCAGUGUAGCCAGCAUUCAAGGCCGGAAGAUAUCAUAGAAACGUUUGACCAUGCAUCUACUUACCAAAAAGACCUAAACCUUGAUGAACAUAUUGGUGUGGUUUUACUUGACGAAGUAGGUCUGGCAGAGGAUUCACCCAAAAUGCCAUUGAAGACACUUCAUCCACUUCUGGAGACUGGAUCUAUUUAUGACGAAGUAACAAAAGAGGAACCUUACAAGAAAGUUGGAUUCAUCGGAUUAUCAAACUGGCCUCUUGACCCAGCCAAAAUGAACAGAGGAAUAACUGUAGUUACAGACGUUCCAGACACAAAUGAGUUGGUGAAAAGUGCAAGGUAUGAUGAUACUUAUUACAUCAGAACGAGCAGUAUCAAAUCUAUCUGUGGUUCAUUAAAACUGGUCGAUGGCUUACUUGAACCCAUAUCCAAGGCAUAUAAAAAGAUAUUUGAUAAAUGUUUAGAAAUAAGAGAAUACUUUGGUUUGCGAGACUUUUACAGCCUUAUUAAAAUGGUUCACACUUUCUGUCUGCAACAAGACGAAGUGCCAUCUUGGAAUGUAUUGAAACAUUUUGUUUUGCGCAAUUUUGAUGGUCAUGACCAGAUUAAUCCGGAAGAAACAUUCAAGGAGUAUUGUGAGAAGCACUGUUCUAAAAAUAGAUCUGAUGAAAGUGCUAUCCACUGUACAGUGAUGGGACUAGUAAAAUCAAACCUGGAUAGUGAUGGCUCAACAGGGGAAAACAGAUACCUUCUCCUAAUGACAAAAAACAAUGCAGCCUACAAAAUAAUACGAUGCAAUAAAAUAAAUGGUACGCCACUAUUGAAUGAGAGAAAAAUAUUGGUAAUCUAUGGCAGUAAGUUUAAAGCAGAUCAGGAAUAUUCACAGAUUUGUAAAAACGUCAUGAGACUGAAGUACGCUAUGGAAAAUGGGGAAACAGUGGUGCUAAUCAAGGCAGAAAAUGUAUAUGAAAGUUUAUAUGAUGUGAUGAACCAGUACUAUUUGAAAUCAGGUGAUUAUUGUUAUGUGCGCUUGGGACUGGGAACCCAUCGAUUCAGCUGCAAUGUCAGCAAAGAAUUCAGAUUGAUUGUAGUUGCAGAGAAAGAUACUGCUUUGAAGAAAUAUCCAAUACCAUUAAUGAACCGGCUAGAGAAACACUAUCUAGCUAUGGAAAGCGUUUUGUCAAACAAGCAAAAUAUACAGGUGGAACACCACAAGCAGUGGCUCAACAACUACGUCGAAAGUGGCCAACCGGUAUCUCGUUUUACAAGAUUACAUUCAAAACCGUCUUCCUUUGCCGUAUCCGAAGUAGUAGUUGGUUAUAAUGAAGACACUGUUGCUACAUUAGUAUAUGAUGUUGAUGAAAAUACCCAUUCCGAUAAUGAAAAUACCGAUGUAGAUGCUCAUAAUAAUUCAAAAAUCAUUCAGGUGAAGACAACAAUUAUUCACUGCACUACGCCAGACUCGGUAAUUCGUUACGUUACAGCAGCCUCAAGUGAUGAUUAUAAGUGGGCAAUUGAUGAGUAUUUCAGAGAUAUGCGUCACGCAUCACUGUCACAUUGUAUUGAUACAACGUUUACAGGUGUGUCCUUACCACAUGGUCUCCUGUAUUUGGUGACUACGCACGGAAAGUUAUUAUCAGACACGUCUUCCUUUAAGACAGCAAGUGAAGUCUACAUGGUGACUCUUCAACAAUUUAAAUCAGAACAACAUUUCAGAAAUGUAUUAAGAGAUUUCUAUGGACGUACCUGUGAUAGAGACACACUCUUGGUUAUACAGUCAGUUGCGGGUCAAAAGUUCAACGAUAUGAUAUCAUUCGCAAUGUAUCUUAUUGAAGACGAACGCAACAAGAUUAAAUCAAGCGUAAACCAUCACGUGGCCUUUGUUGUACAACUGCCUAGAACAUCCGGCAACCAAUUUCAGGGAUUUUGGAUCUCGCCAUGGUAUUCGAUUCAUAUUGAUGACGUAAACACUCCGUCUGCAGUAUAUGAUGUUCAGUCAGUCAGGAGGAGGCCAAUGAGUGACGUAAUUCGCGAUAGUCUGCUGUGUAAUACGACGGCAAUAUUACGCAUGUCAAUUCAUAAUUCUACUAAACGACUUGAAGACCAUUGGAAAGAUGAUACAACUGGAGGACAGCCAUAUGCUACAAGAAGAAUAAAGAUUCUUAAAAAAAUUCUAUUUGGGUCAAUGCAACCAGGUCAAAGAACAUACGCGACAGUCUUCAAAAAGAGAAUAUACCCAUUGCUGCAAACACGAGAUGGUGGGCUAGAUGAUAAUGGGAGACGAUGGUGUGAACAGAUUGCAAGAGACCAUGGGCGUUUGAGAGAUUCUGGGUCGUUCAGAUCUGCUCUUGAGAAUAGAUUGAUUGAAGUAGUGGCACCUAUACAGGCUGAGUUGUUAUCAAUACUGGACAAGAAUGGAGGACUCGACUUCAUUGGAGAUUAUCCUCCUGAAAGCUGGAUACAUAAAUUUGCAAUGGAUAUAUUUGAAGAUAAUCGUAUUAUUAUUUUCAACUACAACAACUUCCUGACUGCCGAAAGGCGAUUUCGAGAUACAGUCUUAGUAAUGCAUGAUUGUUCCUCAAAUACCAUGAUGUGGAAGCUUCCGUUUUCAUGGUUAAUAUUUAAACAAUUAGAAACCUCUUUAUCCGCCGUUGAAACAUUGACAGAUGACGCUAUUGAAAGAAGUUACCAGCUUUGGAAGACUGUAGAUAGCUCCCCAUUAGGAAGUAUUAUUCAGCGAGCUUUUGAUAAUGGAUGUGAGCAAGAACUAUUUCGAUUUUAUCUCAAUGAUUUUGUACACCUUGUGUACAAGGGAAGGUCCCCAGACGAAGUUGAGAUGGCCUGUCAAUGUAUUUCCUCCGCUAUCGAAGAGAUGAGAAAUGAUCAUACCGAGAUGAAUGUCACGUUGGCGCAUAUACAUAUUGCCUACCACCGUAUCAAAGAACGACUGCAUUGCAUGGCUCAGUUGAUAAAACUAUUUCCGGAAAUGCUUCCCACAAUAUCAAAACGUAAUAUGGAGGAUGAAAUGAUUGCCGAUAUUUUAACAUUUCAAUAUGCAGUAAAUACUUUGAAACCAACUUCUAAAGAGCAAUUGAAGAAUGACGACUAUUUACGCAAUUGGUUAUGUAUACUGGUACCUGAGGUUGCCAAGAUUAAUGACCAGUUACGUGUAUUACAACAUCUUUUUGGUACACAGAGUAUGAGACUAUAUAACCAGUGCAGACAAUCCUGGAUCAACAUAACAAUGGUUCGAAUGUUUUUGGACAACGUUUCUCAGGAAUUCAACACUCUGAAGAAAGAUAUUGAAUAUGUGAUGAUAUACUACAAUGCUAUUGAAAAUGAUACAAUUACAAAAUGGGACCAUUUGAAAAGAGUAGAAGGACUACUUAACACAUGUAACAAGAAUGCAGUAAAAGAAAUUCUUGGUGAGCGUAUAGAGUCGCACAGAUCUUACAGACGACGACUCACUAACUUCUUUUUGGAGUUCUUGAACAUGUUUUACCUUAAUCCCGAAUAUCCAUGUAGUUCGGAUAACGACGUUCGUAGCCAUUUAUUCAGUUAUGUAUUAUUGAAAGAAGCGAGUGGAACAAAGUCAUUCACGCCGUUUGCUGUAGCAGAUACAGACUCUUCCCCGGUGGUACAAGAUAGGAACUUGAAUCCAUUUGUGCUUGCUGGAAGAACUUACCGAUAUUUAACGGAGGUAUUCACAAUGUUCAACCAUGACGGUGAUACAUCUAAAGCAUUUGACAAUCUUCAGCCUCUUGAAGAUACAAUUGUCGAAACCACAGGGCUAAAGAAGACGACCAUAGAAUUCUUCAACAAAGUGAGUGACGCGCUUUUAGUUUCUUGCAAAGACUAUUGUGACCGGAAAGAUCUACUGUAUGCAGUUAUUCAUCUAUUAUCCAUCCUGUGUGUUUCAAAAGAUUCAGAUUGUUUGAAAACUCUGUGGUUACUCGUGAAUUCCCCCAGCUGUAUGCAGGAAAGUUUUCUGCCAACUAUGCCAGAUGAUGACCUGUAUGAUGUUCAGCAAAUAAUGGAAGGAUUACAAUGGUAUAAGUGCCGCAAUGGACACCCGUAUGCAAUUGGAGAAUGUGGAAGGCCAUGGGACAUCGGGGAGUGUAAUAUAUGUGGCGUUGUUAUAGGAGGGCAGCUUCAUAUGUUAUUUCCCGAUAACACAAAGGCAAACGUUGCUAAAAGAAAACUCAAUGGUCACAUACUUGGAAAUGCGUCAGGAAGAAAGGAAGAACAUCCAUCACCUCUAAGAGAUAUGCUUUCUGUCUCUGUUGCGGUAAUUCGUUUUUUAACGCAUAGUGCCAUUUUAAUUGGUAACUGUUGUAAUCCCGAGGAUGUAUCGAAUCUGAUACACACUGAAAAUCCGAUUGUUGGGUGCAUGGACACCUUUCUUUGGGAACACCUUGAGAAAGACGUGGACCUCUUGGCAACAUCUCUCGGAAGAAGUAUAGAUGAUGCCAUGCUUGUUCUGCAUCUUGUUAUAAAGUUUGCUCUCCGGAAUACAGUUGAGAAAAAUGCACCUAAUAUAGACUAUGCAUUGCCAACUAAGAAUGACAGAAAAACAUGGGAAUCAUACAUUGCAAGGGAAAUAAUUAACCCGUUACAUGAGAAUGUUGAAAUGGAAUUGAAGAAAGCACACAAGCUGAUAAUUGAAGAUGCAUCGGAAGAUAAGCAGUCAUUAGUGCAAGAAAUAUAUGAAUUGGACCAUACUCCAACUUCAGAUUUAAGUCAAUCUGUUUACAAGAUCCCAGAGUUAUGGCGUUACAUUCCAGGAUUUUCUUUAGAAAAUAUUGGUGUGAUGUUGCAAAUGACACAGACCAGAGAUAGCAAAGCUGAAUCAACAAACCCUAUACUAUGCAAAUUUAUUAAUGAGGAGUGUCGUCUACGUGCUGUCCAAUAUCUUCCUGACAUCAUUGACCUGUACAAAGAAUUGAAGAGCAUGUUUCAUCUGCGCAUUUCAACAAAAGAAGCUGAUGACCAAACAAUUUCACAAUUUGUUGACACAUUAAACGAUAACACUGAGUUGACAAAAAAUGUAAACAGCUUUUUCAGGGCAUGGACUUUAUUAAAACCGUACAUCUUCAGUAACACACUUGGACGACCUUUGCCGCGUAAUUAUCACACUGAGAACAUAUCUCUGGAAGACACACCUCUAUCUAUGUUGAUUCCAUCACGAAGGGGAAGAGGAGCAUGUUUCCUAUCCUUGGUUGACGCAUUGGUUACUGUACACAAUAGUUUUCUUGGCUACUGUACUUCGAUUAAUCCUUCAUUGGUGAGUUCAGAGAAAACUGACCUGACCAGCGUCACAUCAGCACAUAUUGUUGCCUAUGACUACAGAAAAGAUUUAGAGCCAUUAAUAAUGUCACAUUGUGAUUACGAAGUGGUUGCAGAUGAACAAGCAAAAAUGCGAUGUGACUUCACUGCGUUGGAAAGACAACUUGUCGUUAGAUACAUCCAGGGAAAAUGUAAAAUCACGGAAAAGAAUCUGGAGUUCACUUACAUUAACGAGGUAUGCGGAAGGAUGACUUUCGCUAAAGUACGCCAGUUGAUUCCACAGUUACCCAUCUCACUUGAAGUACAACGCCUUAUUAUACGUGAAUGCCGACACGAACACGGGUUACCCGAAAUCAGAAGCUCCCUUGCAGCAAUUGAUACGGCAAUUGGAUUUCUGAAGUCAUUUGGUGGAAAUAAAGAUGUCCCCAUUCAUAAGUACUUACAAGAUGUUCUGUUGUUUACAGAGCAACAAGGAAUAACUGUGGAACAAGUGAAAAUAAGCUGUACCUUAGAGCAUAUUCUGUCAAUCUGGCAGGUACUCUCUGUAGAAAGACUUAACCAGCAAAUGAUUGCAAGCCAGGCAAACCAGCACACCGAUGUCUUUGAAGAUGUUGAAGAUGAAUUCAAAGAGCCACUACUCACUGGGAUUAAGGUGUCAGAGAUUAUAUUGGACACAGACAUUUAUAUAUUGGUGUAUGAACUAUUUGAAUUCAUUAAGUUGGAAAUAUCACAUGGCAAACAAACAGAUAUUCAACCUGAAGAUCCGCUAGCUGGUCGUUUUGAAAAUUUCUGUGCAGAAAAGAACAUUAAAAUCCCGAGUGUAGACCGCCUUCCUGAUGUCAUUUUGAUGAAGCACGUCACUGAACUAUGGCACGCAGUCAACAAACAACACGCACGCCUAGAGCAAAGGAAACUGUAAAAUUAUGUAAUUGUAACUGUAAUUUCAGUAUUACUAGCGCUUUUGCAUAUUUUACAUAUAUUUAGAAAAAAGGUAGUAUCCAUAUGAAAUUUCAUGAUUAUAGUUAUCCCAAUAUAUCGUUUAUAAAAUUCAUGAUGAAUCUUGAAAUGUUUUUUUAACCUUAGGUAUGUAUGUUUAUUUCAAGUAAAAUAGUUAUAUGAUCCAGACAAAGUAUAUUUGACCACCAAUUAAGUACUACUGAUUAUUUGGUUUAGUAUAUUUGUUAACGAUGUAAAGAC